AUGGCAGAAAUUGAGAAAAGAAUUGAAACCCAUAGAAUAAGAUGUCUUUCCAAGCUGAAGGUGUUUCUUCUGGCAAUAACAUGUGCAUUCGUAUCCAAAACACUAUCUGGAUCUUACAUGAAUUCCAUGCUCACACAAAUAGAGAGACAAUUCAACAUCCCUACAUUUCUAGUCGGAUUUAUUAACGGGAGCUUUGAGAUUGGAAAUCUUUUGUUGAUUAUAUUUGUGAGUUAUUUUGGAACCAAAUUGCAUAGACCUAUACUGAUUGGUGUCGGAUGUGUGGUUAUGGGCAUAGGGUGUUUCUUAAAAUCUCUACCUCAUUUCCUCAUGGACCUAUAUGAAUAUGAAUCUACAGUUUCAGUUUUAGGCAAUUUGUCCUCAAACAGUUUCUUGUGUAUGGAAAACGGAACCCAGAUUUUCAGACCAACAGAAGAUCCAUCAGACUGUGUGAAAGAAGUUAAAUCAUUAAUGUGGGUAUAUAUACUAGUAGGAAAUAUCAUACGUGGAAUUGGUGAAACUCCCAUCAUGCCUUUGGGUAUUUCCUACAUAGAAGAUUUUGCCAAAUCUGAAAACUCUCCUUUAUAUAUUGGGUUUGUAGAAACAGGAGCUAUCAUUGGUCCUUUGAUUGGACUUUUGUUAGCAUCAUUCUGUGCAAAUGUUUAUGUUGACACUGGAUCUGUGAACACAGAUGAUCUGACCAUAACUCCCACUGAUACUCGUUGGGUUGGUGCAUGGUGGUUUGGCUUUUUGAUUUGUGCAGGAGUGAAUGUGCUCACUGCCAUUCCUUUUUUCUUUUUGCCCAAAACGCUUCCAAAGGAAGGACUAAAGAAUAAUGCAGACGUCAUUAAAAAUGACAAAAAAGAGAAACAAAGAGAAGAGGUCAAGAAGGAAAAGGAUGGAAUCACUAAAGAUUUUUUACCGUUCAUGAAAAGUCUUUUAUGCAACCCAAUUUACAUGCUUUUCAUACUAAUAAGCAUUGUACAGUUCAAUGCAUUUGUUAAUAUGUUCACCUUCAUGCCUAAAUAUCUGGAACAGCAAUAUGGAAAAUCAGCUUCAGAUGCAAUCUUUCUAAUCGGCAUUUAUAACUUACCUCCAAUAUGCCUUGGAUAUAUAGCUGGUGGUUUAAUUAUGAAGAAGUUCAAGAUUACUGUCAAACAAGCUGCCCACAUAGGAUGUUGGUUAUCUUUAAUUGAAUAUCUUCUCCAUUUUUUGUGUUUUCUCAUGAUCUGUGAUAAUUCUUCAGUUGCUGGCAUAACUACCACUUAUAAAGGAGUGCAACAAGAUUUAUAUGUGGGAAAUACCAUCCUUGCUGAUUGUAACAGGGAUUGCAACUGUCCAACUAAAACAUGGGACCCUGUGUGUGGAAACAAUGGUGUGUCAUAUAUGUCAGCUUGUCUUGCUGGCUGUGAGACAUCUGUUGGAACAGGAAUAAAUAUGGUGUUCCAAAAUUGUAGCUGCAUUCAAACAUCAGGAAAUUCAUCUGCAGUUCUUGGGCUGUGUGACAAAGGAUAUGACUGUUCCAUGAUGCUCCAGUACUUUUUAAUCUUGUCAGCAAUUGGCAGUUUCAUUUAUUCUUUAUCUGCCAUACCUGGAUAUAUGGUUCUCCUAAGGUGUAUCAAGCCUGAAGAGAAGUCUCUUGGUGUGGGGUUACAUACAUUUUGCACAAGAGUAUUUGCUGGAAUUCCUGCACCUAUAUAUUUUGGAGCUUUAGCAGAUUCCACAUGUUUACACUGGGGAAUUUUGAAAUGUGGUGAGUCAGGGGCAUGCAGGAUAUAUGAUUCUACCUACUUCAGAUACAUCUACCUUGGCUUGCCAGCAGCUCUAAGAGGAACAAGCUAUAUUCCAGCCUUUUUAAUCCUAAUUAUUUUAAAGAAGCGUCUUCUACCUGGUGAAAAUGCCUCUUCAGGAACUAUGCUUAUAGAGGCAAAGGUUACAGGGAAGGAAAAUGAAUGCAAAGAUAUGAACCAAAAUUCCAAAGUUUUGAAUGAUGAUGAAUUGAAAACUAAACUGUAAUGCCUUAUUAUAUCAUGCUUCCCAGAGUUGGAGAAUACACUACAGCUUAAUUGUUUUUAAAAUCAAUAGGGAUACAGAGUGUAACUUUUUCUAAUCUUUAUGAACCUCAAAUUUUGGUGUUUGUUGUUGUUGUUGUUUUUAU